AUGCCUCCGCGUAGACGCCCCCAAUUCACCCAGGAACACAUCGACCAACAGCUUCAGCAGAUCCACCUGCUCGACCCUUCAUCGUCCUCCGAAAAUCUAGAACAGCUGGGCCCAAUAAUCAAACAAAUUCAUACAAACCGGCAACAAGAAGCGUACCUCAGGACAGUGCAGGCGCUCAUCGACUCCAAGGAUGCCGAAAUUGAGAAGAUAUGCAGUGACAACUACCAGGACUUUAUCUCCUCCGUAUCAACCCUGUUCACCGUCAAAGCUUACACCGACAAGAUGAAAGAGAACAUAGCUUCGUUGGACGAAAGCGUUGCCAAGCUCGGAGGUGGUUUGGUCGAGAAGAAACGGGCGUUGCUCCAGACAAAGAAGACCGCAGCUAACCUGGAUGAGGCUAUUGAUACCCUCCAGGCAUGUCUACGGGUCUUGGACGUCGUUGACCGUGUCGGCGAGAUGGUCAGGCAAGGGAAAUACUGGAGCGCUUUGAGGUCUCUCGAGGACAUUCAAAAUAUGCCUUCAACAUCGCUCUCUCAGACGGCGUUCUUUCAACACCUAUUGUCCUCUUUGCCCUCACUGCGCGGCCAGAUCAAGGACGCAGUAACCGCCUCCAUGAAUCAGUGGCUCCUGGAAAUCAGGAAUAUCAGCACCGAGGUAGGCCGUCUUGCUGUCGAAGCGAUGGAGACCAGGACCAGGAGAUGGAGGAGCAGACGGGAGAGGGAUCCGUUGCUCAGGAUGAGUCGCGUAGGGAGUGCAGUCGAGCUAAUAACCUAUGAGAAGACUGAAUUCAACGUUCUGGACAACGACAAGCUACACGUCGAUUUCAAACCGCUGUUUGAGUGCAUACAUAUAUACACCUCCUUGGAUUCAUUAACUGAACUGAAACGGUCAUAUCAAGCCGACAGAAAGGCGAACCUCAUCCUGCCCAACCCCCUUCCCCUACAGUCGCUUUCUGUACUCACCCAAGAAAUCUCCGGCUUCUUCAUCGUCGAAUCUCAUGUCCUGGAAACCACAGGAACCUUCCGUUCCCAGCGGGAUGUCGAAGAACUUUGGGAUGCUCUCGUUACUCGACUUACAACUGCUGUCGAGGAUGCUCUACGCAACGAGAAUGACCCUGAUACCUUCCUACGCGUGAAAGAGAGUCUGUUGACAUUCAUCAUGACACUCGAGAGCUACUCCUUCUCUACAACAGCCCUCCAAAAGUUUAUCCUCGUUCUCUUCGAGAAAUAUGCCCAAUUGCUGGAGUCCCAAUUCAGUACUCGCUUCGAGCAGAUUGUGCGACAAGAUGACCACAUUCCGAUGCGAGUCGAGACCUCGAGCGACGUUAGCGCCGUCCUUGACGUUGUUUGGUUGGAGGAUCACGAAAGGAGCGAGAUCCAAGCUCAACCCGUUCCUCAAUCGUUACCCUGGUCGCAAACGUUCUACCUUUGCUGUCAGGAUCCCCAGAUUCGCUUGUUCAUUCAAAAGUUCUACGCGUUUGUCGAAGGCGUCUCACAGCAUCAUCGCGAUAUUGACGAGAUUCUGAGCAAGUCCCUAGAUAACCUUUUGAUUAAAUACAUCAGCGAAUCAAUUGCUCGACGACUCGCUGGAACCUCCACAUUGACUCAAAUCGCACAAAUCGUCGCCAACCUCGAACACUUCCAACAUGCAUGUGAAGAACUUGAGAGAUCCCUGACGAACCUUAGGUCUACGCAGCGUGGCGGCAUCGUCAGACUGACAGCAUCUACCUCGUUCCAGAACACCCUUUCCCGAUCCCUAGGCCGCAUCACAGGACUCAUCUCGUCCAAGCUUGACCAGUUCUUCGAACUCUCGGAGUAUGACUGGACGCCGUCAACGCGCGAAACGUCUCCGAGCAUGUACCUUUACGAACUGGUGAACUGGCUGACCACUGUCGUGGACUCUUUGGUGAUCAAGGAAUCGUACAAGGACGAGGCCUAUAAAGGCGCUCUGGCCUACAUCGCGGACUGUCUAAUGGACUUUUUGUGUGGUCGAGAUAUCCAGGUCAUGAACGAGAACGCUGUUUCAAACAUCCUUAUCGACAUCGACUUCCUGGAAGAAGAACUGAAACGAAUAGGAAGGCCGCAUCUUUCGUCGGUCUUCACCGAGCUUCGCAUGACUGGCUCCAUCCCGUUAAAUAACACCGUCCAGGAAUACCUCGUGCCCGCCAAUCGACAAUCCUCGUAUGCUGCUGUGAAGCCCAAACGACUGCAGGCAUUGCUAGACAAACUUGCCAAAUAUGGAGCCACACAACGGGACUCGGCGCUUCGAGAGCUAGCGGAGAAACGGCGGAAGGAAGCAGACGCUGUAGGCAGAGUGUUCCCCGGUGAAAACCGAUAG